AUGAAUCGGAUAUCAAUGAUUCUGCUGCUACUAUGCGGCAUCAUCGCUCUCGUCAGCGCAAACUCAGCACCAACAUUCUGCAAAUGCACCUGCUUCAAAAACAGCACCAUCGUAGCACUGGGCCCCCAAAAAGCAGACGGCGAACCACCAGGCAACGCACCUCCGUCCAGUCGCGAUACCUCCUCCUCCUCCUCACUCCUCAACAAGCGCGCCGCCUCCUCCUCCUGCUCGCAAUGCACAAAGGCCUUUUGCCUCAGCCGCGGCAUCGACUUCUGCAGCAAGGCUAAAGACGAAGACGUUCAGACCAUGUGCUUCCAGCGCGACAGCAACAAGGACCGCGUCAUUGUGUGGGGGUUCCUGCUAGGCACAUCGGGUUUGCUGGGGUGGGCUGUGUUUAAGAGGGCGAAUGAGCUGCGGGAGGGGAAGAGGGCGGCUGAUGCCGCUGCUGCUUCUGGGGGGAGGGGGGAUUAUAGCCAGCUUUCGCCUGCGAGGCCGAGUUGA